GAUAUAACCUCAUCGCAUUGUAUAUUUCACUGUAUCUAUUUGUUUUAUUUGCUGUAUCUGACCGUUCGUAAUGUUUAGUCUACAUUGUUAAAUAAAAUAAGAGAUAAGAUAACGUUUAGUUCAGUACCUCGGUAACAAUGUCAGCGUACGGACCAGAGCAUCCUCGUAACCUUAUCCCAGAGCUGUGCAAUCAGUUCUAUCAUUUAGGAUGGGUGACGGGAACUGGCGGUGGCAUCUCCAUUAAAGAUGGGGAAAAGAUCUACAUAGCACCAUCAGGGGUACAAAAGGAACGGAUGAAGUCAGAUGACCUGUUUGUGCAGACAAUCAAUGAUGAAGAUCUGGAACUCCCCCCUCCAGAGAAACAGUUGAAGAAGAGUCAGUGCACGCCUCUAUUCAUGCUGGCGUAUAAGGAGCGCGGCGCAGGCGCCGUCAUUCACACGCACUCGCCACAUGCCGUUCGCUGCACGCUACUCUAUGACAAGGAGUUCACCAUCACCCACCAGGAGAUGAUUAAGGGAAUAAAAGACUCCAAACUAGGUCGGUUUUUGCGCUACGAUGAAAAGUUAAUCGUCCCCAUCAUUGAGAACACGCCUUUCGAGCGAGACCUGGCCGGCAGUCUCGGCGAGGCUCUGAGGCAGUACCCUGGAACCAGUGCUGUGCUGGUUCGGAGACAUGGAGUCUAUGUGUGGGGGGAUACUUGGCAGCAAGCAAAGACUAUGACAGAGUGCUACGACUACUUGUUCGAGAUGGCGGUGGAGAUGAAGAAACUCGGCCUGGAUCCUGCGUUCAACCCUGAAGCCCAGAACAAACCUGCUAACUAAAGAAACUAUUGAUUGGUUACUAGUAUGUGCGAAAUGUUCGUUGGUGAAAGAACUGUGUAACAGCAUCCGGCUAUAGUAUUUUUCAAACAGGAAGAGUACGCUAACAGACUUCAUGUAUGUAUGUAUGUAUGUCACUUUAUUUCACAUAAACAGGUUAACAUAAAACAGACAAAAAAAAUGUUAUGUACAAAGGCGAACUUAUCACAUCAUCUUCAUCUUAUUACAAUUUUGCGAGAUUUGGCGUUUUAAAGUUAUAAAUUGUAUGGACAUGACUCAUCGUGUUUGAAAAAUAGUGUAUCAUUCAUAUCAAUCCAAAGGUCUAAAGGUCAGGUCUGACGUAUGAUCACCUGCGUGUAUUUCUUAGUAAGAUUGUGCGGGUUCACCAUAUCUGGAUGGACCUUCUUAGCAUUACAUAGGUGCUGGUCACCUGUAUUCCGAAAACUGUUCAAAAUUAAUGAUUGCCUUUUUUAGGCUGGCGGCGCCACUAUCAUGCUCGCAAGCAAUAGCGUGAUACAAACAGCAAAAAUAUCUGAUCUGCACUAGAGUCGGACCAAGAUAUCUCUGCAUGGCAUUUGCACUGACAAAGGGCUUGUGCACAAAUCACGUUACUGCUUUUUUCGGCUACUUUUUUGACCCCGCCUCCCCCUUGGUGAGGUUAUUGGCUACCCCCCCCCCCCCCCCCCCCCCUUCCCCACACCCUUCCUCACGUGCUUUUUAUUUUAUUUUUUCAUUCGAUCAAAUUUUAAGAUAAAUACUAUUGUAUAGAGUUACUCUUGUUUAUACUCGCUAUUUUGAAGUGCCAAGAGAAGAUUUAUGUUUAACGAAACCGAGAAAAAGUAUGUGGUAAAUAUUUUUUCUUAGUUUCGUUCACUGUAGAAAAAUGCACGUGAGGUCUCCAUAUACAACCCCCCCCCCCCCCCCCAACGUGAUCUAUCGUGACACCCCCCCCCCCCCCCCAUCGAAUCUCGCGUGAUUUGUGCACAAGCCCAAAGUGUGGAUGUCAUCAUUAAUGUAUCACGAAAAUUUAAUUUUAAAAAAUAUGCCUUGUAUAAUUGACACUACCUCACUUUGUAUUGAAAUCGGCGAAAAGUCAGCUUAGAUGGACUAUUUAAACGCUCAAAAAUAUAUUGAUACUAAUUGUACAUAGCAAUAGAAGAAAUGUUCUAUUGGCUAAGCCUUGGUCUCCGGUUAACGCCGUACGUUGUUUUCAGCCUUAUUUUCUAUAAAAAUGUGUCUGUCAUCCUUUGCACGCAAGCCAUCUAUUAAAUGCUUUGCUGAAUGCUUCAAUGGCAAUACUGUUCAAAUGGCAAUCAUUUUCAAGCAUCAAGACAUCAUUGACUGUAAAGUGCAAACUAACCAAAGUGAACCUUGUUUCAACGAAAUAAGGUCUAACAAUUGUCUAUGAAAUUUUAUACAGUAGAGUUUUUUAUUGACCAUUGUGUUAUAGUCCAAGUUUACCUACGUCAUUCUUCUUUAUAUACUGCCAACAAGAGUGGCAACUCUUUAGGAUCCAUACGUGUUAAGUUAAUUAGUUUUGUUUAGUCAUUAGUAUUACUUAUAAUGAAUAAAGUUUAUAGAGUGAGACCAAGGUAAGCCUGCAACGAUUUUGAUAGCACACGCAGCGCAAGUAUUAUUUUAAACGUCAAACUUCUACACUAGUAUUAUAGGGAGCGUGCAUGAACUAUAGGAGGCAGCACUGGAGCCGUCAGAUUUUUGGCGCGAGGCGUAAAUGUGAUGUUUAUUGUUCUGAUGUAGCCUACAAGAUGGCAGAACCUACUAUGCACAAGAAAACACGUGACGUGUAAAUGUACACGUUUAUGGUUCCGAUUCAGGACACAAGAUGGCAGACCCUCCAACGCGCUCGGUCCCUAUAUGAUCUGUGCUUCUACGAAAUUAUGACGUAUAAAUAACACUUGCACUGCGUGUACUUUCAAAAUCGUUGCAGAUUUAUCUUGGCCUAACUACUCAUAUCGCAACACUCCACUAAUAAAGUUGAAAUAAAUAUAUUUUUUGCGAAA